GACCGCUCUAUGGAGGUAGACCAACAGAAAUCUGAUGACUUUAUUUCUAAAAAAUUUGAACGAGAAACCUGACGAUGAAAAUGAAGAAUGCUUUUGAUUGUUGAUUAUUUGAUGAACAUCUAAUGACCAAAAUUACUGGUAGAAGAAAAAUCUAGCGAGGAGUCUUACGACGGCGUGCCGAGAAUUGCGGCGACGGCGUAAGGGGACAAUGGGGCUCGGGCGAGGAUCUAGGCGGCCGCGGCCUUCUGCAGCACAAUGUUCAGCAGUCACCGCGAUAGCUAUAUCUUCUUCAUCCUCCUUCAUAGGCGUAGACUCCAGACUGGUUCUGGUCCCAGGUCAAUCGCCUAGCAGAUUAACCGGCUCCAACAACGUAGCAGCCAACCAGCUGAACUUCAAAUCAGCCACAAGAAGCACCUCUUCUAGUAUAGGAAUGGGUGCUAUGACGCCAGCUAGUGCAACUAGUAUGAUGUCACCAGCAUCAAGAACAUCUACGUCUCCUUCCAGCAGUAGUGGUUCUUUUAUGACCCCUCGUAGCCCUCACGCCAGACCGAUCGUCGAAACCACGAUGUUUGCGCCAUCAUCUAGACCAGAGAUGAUUUCGUUGCUGCAGAGGCUUCAACAAGGCUCGCCGUGUGAAAUGCUGGAAAGCGAAGACCAAUGUUUACGUCAUCGAACCGCUGCAGACUCACCAUGCCACUGGUGCUGUGGACAUGCGUGUUCAGCUGACAAGGGGAGCAAGUGCGAGUCGUGGGCGGUACUACUUACAGCUUUUUCUACCAUAUUAUCAAGUUAAUAUGAGACUUAGAAGACUUUCAGUUUCUCGAGUCACAGUGACUCAUUCUCAUCUUUUCCUCGGUCAAAAAACCCAAAAAGCUACCUCGCUCGCGCUCCUAGUCCUAGUAUAUUAGAGAUGAACUACCAAACAACCAUCAACGGUGAUCCCACAUCAGGCCCUCAUGGAUUCCAGUGGUUACUAUGGUCGGAGCCACAACGGUCUAGGACACAAUAGCUGCGCUGCUGGCGCCAUCUCGAGUAGUGGGACUGCGCUACUAGAGACGCCGAACUGUGAGCAAUUCCUGGAGGAGGGCGACUGUACUAGCCACGCAGAAGCUGGGUCGAAUCAUCCGUGUCAUUGUUAUGAAGUUGUCGAAAGAAAUGUCCAAAGAAAUUGUUAUGAAGUAGUUGUGCAAAAAAAAAAAAUCUUCCACUUCUACAGGAUGAUCGUAUUCAACAAGAGAUUGGAUCUUUCCUGCACAAAUCCUAAGAACUUUACAAAUAGGACCAUCAACACAAGCUGCUGCAAUGAGGACUUUUAGAAGAGCACCUGACCGAUCAUCUUGAUCUAGUACUUGAGCUCCUUUCAUACUCCGUGUUGCGGCGACAACUGUCGUCAAGGUAGCAGCGCGAAGUGCACAUCGUUGGGAUCGCUUUUGGCGAGCAACGACAAACCGAACGAUGUGGAGAUGCCAACUACGAGGCAUAAGAAUGGUCUCCAGUUCGAUACGUGCAGUGUAACAGGCGCUCAUGCGUUAGUCUUGACCAGCAUCCAAGCGAUUCCACGUAAUGAUGAUUUUUGUCUUCGGAGCACAUCAUCUUCUCACGCUCGCAGAGGCUACACGUCAGUUUUCGUCAGAGAUGAUCUGAUGUUCCAUCUUCGAGAAUUCAGAAUUCUGUCAACAGUGAAAGAACCUGGUCGUAAAUAUUUUGACAUCCAUGCAACAUACUAUUGCCUCCACAAUGAAUCCUAACUACAACAGGUCGCGUCAAAGGUUAUUUCGCAAGUUUGUUGGGUAUCUCACAGAAAGGCGGCAACUCUAAGUCUCUGGCACGCCCGUCUACCUCGUCUGAGGUUGCCAACUCUUCUUCUCGCAGUAACUACAAUGUGGAGAUCAAGAAGCAGAAGAAGCGACGCAACUUAAGGGUAGUUUUUCGAUGUUUCUGUUCUUAUACAGUUUGUUUUGCCUCUCCUAAUGGGGAAAGACAUAGCAAACGGGGAACAGAAACACCGAAGCUCUACCUCUAAGUAACGACCCCAUGUGGGGUGGGACUUGUAGCUGUGGCGCGCAAGUCUUCCAAGUCUCGGGUCCGGAUCAGGGAAGUUGCAACUCGCUGUGUGUCGGAGGAGAGAUGUUGCAUUUAUGAUUUGGUCACAACGAACUGAUGCUUAAUAAAUAUGUUAGUCUGGUGUUGUAGAGAAUAAGUGAUACUGAUCAAGGAAGUUGCAGUUAGUAGUUUUGGUUGCUAAAGUUUAGAAUCAACUCGGGUCAUUGAUUUCGCUUUUUGGAGUGUCUGUGUCAGUCCUUCCAAGAGACAGAUUCCUUAUAAUUAUCAAGAACCCUUAACUCCCUUUUUCUGCGCACCACUCUCUAACUCCCGACGGUUGCCAAAACCUCCUGGAACCCACCAGUCAAUAUGAAACUCGAGCUCGUGACAUCCAUAUGAAAUCGAAGCAGUACCAACGCGCUAUCUGCGGCAAACCAGACGCUCGAGAUGUGUUGGUUCAUAGUGUGGGGGACGCGAAGAUUCAAGAAUUCUACACAGCCACGUGCACAUGCGAUGCAACGGGACUGUCGUAUACGUUUGGAGGAACGGAAGAUUAUGAUAAAGAUGAGUCUACCUCUCUCCAUGUCUGCUGAAGAUGACCAACGUGACUUAUAGGUUUUCUUUUACUGACGAUUUUUCUCCAUUUUUUUACUGAGUAGUGGUUACUGAUUUUUCCCCAAAUAAACCUAGAUCUAGUGCUUGGAGAAAAAAAGUACCUACAGUGCUAGUCUGCUAUAACAAAUGAAUGUUUAUUCUCGUUCUCUUCUAACAACCCUACGCUUGUGGGACAUCGACUGGUCGGGCCCCUCCAGGGUGUCUUUUCGGCACGAUCACCACCGCGUGUCAGCCGCAUCAGGCGGGUCCGCCUGUGCUGCUGCAAACCGAUGACGUAGAUCCUCGUAAGCUGAACACUCGAGUACUCUGUGCACAGAGACGGGAAGGAAGAGAUGAAGUUUUGUAGGAAGUUCUCGCUAAUAAUUCAACUUCUAGUUGUGGUUUUAUCAUCAAGGAGAGGUGGGUUUUGUUAAGACUUCAGAUUCAGUACAAUAGAAAUUCGACUGUGCAUAUUUUUCUUACCUCAAAAAAAAUUCAUCAAGCCAAUUUGCCUGUAAAAGAGCACUAUCACUGAUCGCGACACUCAGAUACCUGUACUAUAAAGCAUGCCACUUAGUACGAGUAAAUACAGAACCAGAAACACAACAACGAACUUGUAUACAUUUACUACAUCAUGAAGACGAUGGAAAGCUGAAUAGUCCAUCAUCGAUAGAAACACGCUACUUAACUUUUCUUUCAAAUGUGUCUGAUGUCAAUUUUCAGAAGCUUCCGGAACAUGAACAAUUAUUGAUGCAGUCUCAAACUCAAAGUCGAUCAAUAUCAGAUUCAGAUAGACGUCAAUCAGACAGAAGUCAUUUUCUAAAUUGCACUCACGAUUUGUAAAGGAAUGAGCGGACAUGUGACCAUCCAAGAUGGCAUGAUUGUACUACAGGACCUGCCUUGAUGUGAACGUUGUAAAUAUUGAGAAACAUGAAGAAGACGGAGGUUAGUAAGUACAUACAAGGGCUAUGAGUCUGCAUUUCGAUUUCGCUCGCAUGAUAUGACAAUAUUGAACCUACUAUCGGAUGGCGAAGCUGCGGAAAGAGAAACGUUG